GGGCAGACGACCGGAAAUCUUCGGCAAGUGCCGCGUAGGCAUUCCACGUUGCCAUUAUCUUUCGAGGCCAGGCUCCCCACCGACUAAAGUAAUUUGUAGCCAACCAUGAUGGACCUGAACAGCAAAGACAAGUCCCCUGGCGCCGCCUUCUUGACGACACACAAAAGCAAUAUCGCGCUGUGGUCGGGCUUCGUGGUUGUCGUGUUCUUCUGCUACCAUUUGUUCAGCGAUGGCGACUUCUCCUUCCUAAUGACCAUGGGCGCGUUUGUGCGUGCCUUCGGCUUCGCCUUCCUGAUCUUCAAGGCCUUCUCGCAGCGCUCGGUGGCCGGUCUGUCGCUCAAAACACUGGAGCUGUACGCAUUCGUGUUCUUCUUCCGUCUAAGCUCCAUCCUUCGUUACCAGGGCUACCUGCCCUAUGACCGGAGUGGCGACUGGCUCUACUCGUUCCUGGAGAUCGUGGCACUCACGCUUUGCUGCGGUGUCAUCUACCUCGUCACUAUGCGAUUCAACUCGACCUAUGAGCUGCGCUACGACACUUUCGGAUGGCUGCACGUGCCCACGGAACUCGGCGCGCUCUACAUCCUGCUUCCCUGCAUGUUUUUCGGCAUGCUGAUCCACCCGAACCUGAACCGCAACUGGUUCUCGGACGUGUCCUGGACGAUCGCGCUGUACAUUGAGGCCGUUGCCAUCCUGCCCCAGCUGUUCAUGUUCCAGAAGCGCGUACGUACUUGCUGACGUUGCGAUAGUGUGUUUGUUACCAGUAUUUUACCUCUUGGUUUUUAUUUGUUUAAAACAGGGCGGCGGUGCUGUGGAGUCGUGUAUUUCUCACUUCGUGUACGCUCUGGCGUUCGGUAGCUUCCUGCACUUGGUGUUCUGGUUCUCGUCGUACCACGAGCUCGGCGAGAAGGACGCGGGCCAGCACGUUGGCUACGCUGUUAUUUUCGUUCAGAUCGGCCACAUGUUGAUGAUGGCGGAUUUCCUCUACUACUACUUCAAGAGCAUGAAAGAAGGAGGCCCGAUGAUGCUGCCCACGCACGGCGCCUACCAGGCGUAGACGCCAUUAAAGGACCAGAAAAAAGGAGAAGCGAGAGGAUAUAGCGUGCUGUUAAUCCGGCAAGCAAAAGCGACGCUGGAAGAAUAAGAACAGAAAAGCAAGAGCACGGUUGAAAUUGUUGAAACGAAUUGCUAAUCUGUGCAUCACUCUUACGAACACCAAAACCAGGUGUAUAAUUCUAGUAGAUGGUUCGUAAAAGCGUCACUUUCUUGUCGAAACGUUGAUGUUUCUGCAUCAAGGUGUUG